UUCUGAUAUCCUGUAUGGCCAGCAUGCCAUCAAUCAAUCAAGAGUCAUAUCAGAGUAUUGUUUACAUAUUCUGUUGUUGCUGGUUGGGUUUUAAGAGAUGAGGGCAGUUUGAGCAAGGAGUUGUCCGGGAAGCGCCAAUUCGAAAAGAAAAAAAAAAAAAACAUCCUUCUCUCUCCAUUUCCAAAAAAAAAAAAAAAAAAUCCAACCAUCACAAUCAUGACCAACUCCAACCAAGCAGAACACCAACAACAACAACAACAGACCAACGGAGCUGGCGAAGAGAAGCAACAGGAGAAUGGCACCACAACAGCCAAGACGAUUAAGACAGCAGCCGAUAUCCUGUCGCGACCGAGACUACCACCCAAGAAGAAACUAUCAACCAGUAACAAGAAACCAGGAAAGAAGAACAAGAACAAGAACGAGCAGCUAGUAACAGCAACAGAAAAGCUGGAAGAGAAAGAAGAAGAAACAGAAGGUCAUCCCACAGAGUCGAUCGAUAACGACCAAUUACUCGACCAACUCUUGACCCAAACCAACCACCUCACUCUUUCAUCCUCCGAGCCAACCACCCCAUCCACCCCAACCACAACCAAGACACAACAACAACAACAACAACAACAACAACAACAACAACAACAGGAAGCGAAUGGGAACCCAAGCAGAAGCAGCACGAUAUCGAGGAAAUUGCAUGGCCUUAGUGAAGAUAUCAAGGAAGUGGCGCAUGCCGUUAGCUCGUCGAUCAAUCCCUCCUCUCCCGGAAAACUCGCUAGCAUCAAGCCGAAGAAGAAACCGCAUCGAACCAAGGAGAAAAUCGCCAAGCGCCAGGCCGCCCAGCUCCAGGCUCAGCUCGACGCUCAGCUCGAAUCUUCUAUCCAUCCCGUCAUCGAUCAUCGCCAGUUAGAGGCCGAAGCUUUGCUCAGAAUUUGUCUCUCUUUGAAGCUACAAAUCUUCGAGAUUAUACCGGAUGGACAUUGUUUAUUUUCAGCGAUAGCCGACCAAAUGAAUGUGUUAAGUGGCCAGACAAAUGGCCCCUCAACGGCGACCACGACGCCCACAAAGGGAGACGAAGCGGUCGGAGGGGCCUUGAGAUACACAUACCAAACGUGCCGGAAACUCGCCUCGGAAUACAUGCGCAAGCAUCCCGAAGAGUUCAUCCAUUAUCUGCCGGGCCAGGACGAUGGAUUGGAGGCGGGAUUGAUGUCUUCCAAGGAGUAUGAGGAGCAUUGUGAUCGCGUCCGAGACUCGGCUUGUUGGGGCGGCGAGCCUGAGAUCUUGGCACUGUCCAAAGCAUUGAAAUUCUCAAUCCAUGUCAUCCAGGCUUUCCAUCCAACAAUCAAAGUCUCCGAAGAGUUUCUCGAGCCUAGAGGGAACAUCGCCUUGACGAUCUCAUACCAUCGUAAAUCCUAUGGACUGGGCGAACAUUAUAACUCUCUCAGACCGAUCUCGUGAUCUUUCUUCUUCUUCUUUUUCUUCUUCAUAGACCACUUAAUUUUUUUUUUUCAUUCUUUUCUUCCUCUCGAUUUCUUCUUUAUCUUCAGUGGAUUCGUUGAUUAUAUCUUUUUAUCUGUUGAUUUACUCGACAUCAAAAAUCAAUUGGAUUUCCUCUUUUUUUUUUAACAUUUUGUAUCAUAAUUGAUACAUUAAUCCGACCUUUUUUUACAUAUAUCUAAAUAUACAUCAAUAAAUAGAUAGAUAGAUAGUUCCCUUUUCCUUCCUUCCUUUCUAUUAUGUUUCUAUACAUAGUAUUGUUGAUGAAAAGGCAAUAUGCAAAGUAACCAAGGGUCUCAAGCAAUACAUUUCUUUAAGAG